GUCAACAAACAUAACAUCAAAAACGAAAUUUUGUAAUAAUAUAUAUUUUUAGAAGAGAAGCUACAUAAUAAUCAUACCUCAUUAAUUAUAUCGUUUUUUUUUAUUUCGAAUAUCGUGAAUAUGGAUGACUGACAUUUGAUUACAGUAUGGCUGUAGAAUUGUAUUAUUAUAUUUAUAGUAUACUAUUCGGAUAUUCAUCAUUUGGAUGCUGGCAUUGCUGAUAGUAAAGGCUGAACAAUAUGGAUGGUGAAAAUGACGUCACACAGGUCGAAGAUAAAGUUCCAAGAGAGAAGAAGUCAAUACCCGUGGGACGGUCUUCUACAUUGUUUGCUGAGUACCUAGAGAAGACAGGCGUGGAGAAGGCAUUUAGAGAGAAUCUUCACCUGCUACUACUCCAACCUGAACUGCCUUACAAUCCUUACCAUUCCUUCAGCUCCAGGAUGAAAACCUAUCAGGAGAAAUUUCAUCUUCACAGACUAGAUGGUGCUGACAUAAGAAGACUGUUGGAUAACGAGUUAGAAGAGGGGUAUAUAGACAACCUUUACACAGUGAAGCACUACAGGAAUGUGUGGGGGACAGGCAGCAUACUGAAAGUGAUCAACCCGGAUGCCCUCGAGAAAUACAGGUGGCUCAUCAAUGACAUCACACCACAGUUAGAUCAACUACCAAUAGUCCAAGGAUACUCGAACCAGUGUUUGGUAUCCCUGAUUGGACCGGCUGUGUUUGAUGGCUCAUUCUAUCCCAGUGUGAGGACUGUGCAGGUCAGAGUGGAGUACAUUGUGUCAGGGGAAGAUGUAGCUCAGGGUGUUGAAUUGUAUGUGUCCAGUGUGUUGACUGACAUUGGUAACCUGUAUCAGAGUGGUCAUCACUUUAUGAUCGCAGUGACGAUCCCCAAGCGGUCAGCAACCAACACCUGGUCAUCCACUACAUGGAACUCUCACAACAUACAGAACAACCUGGAUGGACUUAAACAGGCAAUCAGACAGAGUGUUAAAGAUUACAAAUAUAUCACUGUAAAGAGUGUAUUUCUGUUGGACCCUGCCUCAGAUGUAUAUUUACGUGGAGAUAAACAAUAUGGCCUCAACUUUAUAGACAUAAAAGAUGAUGGGCUGGAGAGCUAUUGUGAGUUUCCAAUGUCAAGUCUUCAUGAGGGUGUGUUUUUUGAGAGGUCACAUGCUGAGGCUUUCUUCUCCAUUUUCCUUCCUCAGCGAGGAGCCUCAAAGUCUCCAGAACAACAAAUUCCUGAUGAAGGUCAAGGUGCAACAUCUGCAAACAAGGAUAAAGAUGGAUCUAAGGGCAAAACAGAUGAGAAGGUUUUGAUAGAUGGUUUUCAACAGGUGGACAAACACUCUUCUGGACCAUUUGAUUGGAGGUUUACAACUCCUUUAAGGGGGAGUUACCAGGUAAAGAUUGCCAGGGCAGUGAGGGAUGUGGAAUUGUUUGAUGUCCUAUACAACAUCAUCAUCCUCACACUCAUGGACAGGGACUUUGUAGAGGGCAGUGAAGGGGUGUUGGUGGAGGUAUGGCGGUUGUUACAUGGCACAUACGGGGCUUUCUACACCCUUAUGGAGCAUAAUAAGGCACUCCGGGCUCUUAUCACAGGAGUCGCCAAGGAGCAGGUUUAUCCACAUUUGGAACCCUUUCUGGGAAAAUAUUUAGAAGAAAUCCAUUCAACACUGCUUAAUUCAUUGUUGGAGCGAAGUGAGGACCACAGGGGAGCUGGGAAGGUAGUGGUGUCCAGGGUAGAGGACAUGAUCCUACAGAUGCACUCCCACCCUCACUAUAUAGAACAGAUACUGAAGGAUCUAAGGGCAAUCAACCUGUACCUGGUGCCGCUCAUGAUGGAGUUGGCCGCCUCUAGCCUGCAGGAGAAAAACUCACCUACCAUAAGGUCAUUCAUCCAGGAUUUAAAAGAGAAACUGCAGGACAGGAUACCAGAAAUCCCAGUGCGAGUGAAGAAACGUCCAAAACCUAAACCUAUAAAAGGCAAGAAAGGGAAAAAAGAGAAGAAACCUCCACCUGAAAAGAAUGAGGCACCUGUGGUGGAGGAGGGAGAGUAUGAACAUGGGAAGGAGGACAGCCACAUCCAUGGCCACCGCACAUCAGUGCUGCCAGUUGCUACCCUCAUUGACAGGGAUGAUUCUCCCCCAGCUGUUGUCAGAGAAGCUGUUCUCAUGAAGUACAUGUUGGACUGCCACUUUGAUGAUAUGUGGAACAGUUUCCUCAUAGAGUUGGCUGGAGGAGAUGUUUUUCCUCCAAACCCUUUCCCUAGGCUAACUUCAAUACUCAGACAAUUAGCUAUGAAGAUGGAACUGUUCUAUGAAAAGACUUCACAUCUGGUCGGUACGCUUUUCAACACGGGGGUUACACUGGAGGAUGAGAGAAACCAUGUGUAUCACAUCCAGGGCCUCAAUGUGCAUGGUAUAAAACCAGCCAUGCAGAUGUUAGAUACAGGGAGUUACACAGAUCUAGCUGAUCUUCCGCAAGUGUUUGCCAAGCUCCAGCAGAAGUCAUACAUCCAGAAGAAAGGCCCGUACCGUGUGGGCAUUUGCCUCGCCCUUAGUGGCCCGGGUGUCUGGUACGGGAGGAUGCAGCCUUACCUGACUGAGAUAGAGUUUCACGAGCACUACUACAUACAGGGGCCGUCAGGAUGCUCUGGAGAGGCCAUACAACUGUUCUCCAGUAUAGUUUACUCCCACCUGGAGGAGCUAAUUACCACCUCCGGCCUUCCUGUUGGAGGGGUUUACUUUGGCCAGCAAGCUCCUGAUCACUGGUCAAGCAAGGACAUCUUGAACAAAAUGGCAGGCUUUAGUGCCGUAUUUGCCCAAACUUGUAUGAAGAAACAACCCAUUUAUGCCAAGGCAUACAUUUCUCUUGGAGACUGGCGCUUUGUCACAGUGACAAAAUAUUUCAAAUUGCAUUUCCUCAGUCUCGAGUCAGAACCCGAGCUGUUUUAUGAAGAAAACCCAGCUGCUUUAUACCAGUCUGUCUUUUCAUCCAAGGAAAGGGUGACCUUUCACUGUCAGAGGAGUGGUUUAGCUGGGGCAGGUAGUUAUUGUGACCCCCUGAGUGCAGCGAAGGUGGGGAAAGUGGUGGCGUAUAUUGAGGGGUGUAUGGGGGAGUGUGAGAGGAGAGGGGACUGGCUCUACUUCUACAGGCAUCUACUGCUGAGGGACCUUGUUAUGCAGGAAGAUGGUCAUGUCGCCGAUUGCUGGAGAAUGUUUCACUCCAUUGUAGGAGAACUGGAAUACCUCAUUGGUCUGGUGAGCACUAUGCAGGGCUUGGUGGAGAUCAACAUGCUGUACGGGGAGGAAGAGCAGUCAGGGGCAGACAAUCCUAAUACACCAGAGCAUUUAGAGGCAGGUUCACAUGCAAAGAACCGUGUUGAUCAGAAAGCCUUCUCUUCUAUGAUUGUUGCCUUUGAGCAGAAGUUGAGAUCUGUGUGUUCAUCGAAAAUCACCAUGGUAGCCCCGUCUCUCCCAGAAUACAUCAUUGACAGGAAGUUCAAGUCUGCUGUAGAAUAUGAUGAGCUUACACAAGAGCCUAGUCUUGCUGUUGAACAACAGACUAUCCAGACACUGGAAGAGCUGAAGAGCAUGCUGCAGUACCUACAGGACGUGUUGAGCAGUGAUGUACACAGUGUGCUACCAGCCGUCACAUACCACACUAACAGGCUCACACAGAGGCCCGUCCUGGAGUCUCGGGCAAGCAAAACUCCGGAAUACCCUACUCAAAGGGCAGUUCUGGAAUCUCCUGUUAAAACUCCUGACCCAACUCAGAGGGCCUACCUGGUAUCCAGAGAGACCAAAUCCCCGGAAUCACUGGCUCGGUCAAGCAGUCAACAUGUUGGUACUCACAGGAGACGGGAGAAAAGACCAGGCCUCUUUCUGGGACCUGGCGAGGAGAGAUCCAGGCCAGACAGUGUUGUGUCCCUGACCUUCAGUGAAGGUCAUUUCAGGAGAACUGCUGUACACAGCAUGACCAUUGGAGAAAAUGAUGAUGAUGAGGAGGAAAUCUGAAAGCUACAAUGAUUAAACUCUGUCUGUGAUGUUAAAAGUGAUAUGUCAUUGACACAAGAUGCCUUUGAGGCAGUUUUAAGAUUAUAACCAUUCAAAAUUUGAGGAUAGUUAGUACAUUUUUUAAUCAUGUUAAGUUGAUGACUGAUAUUUGCUGAUAAGCAUGUAUCCUCUUAGCAGCAGGGAGUAUGUAAAUGACAUAAUUUCAAUGACUAAUAUGAGUAGUGACCUUGACCUUUGACUCCAUGACCUCAAAAUUCAUAUGGGUCAUCUACUGGUCACCCUAACCUAACUGUUAAGUUUGAACCCCAUGGGUGCAAGCAUUGUCAAGUUAUCACACAGACAAGCUUUUUGGGUUUAUGGUCACUGUGACCUUGACCUUUAACCCGAUGUCCCAUAAAUCAAUAUCUACUGGUCAGGCCCAACCUCCAAGUCAAGUUUGAGGGCUAUGAGUGAAGGCAUUAUCGAGUUAACACUCUGACAACUUUUUCACAUACAAGAUCACUGAUCUUGACCUUUGACCCGAGGACCCCUAAAAUCAAUAUAAAAACUCGAGCAGCCGCUCAUGUCAUGUAUUUCCGUUACAGAUAGAAAAAUCCGACCUGAGGGCAAGCACAUAAGCCAGAAAAGAGGCUUGCGGAGUAACCGGUCAUGCAGCGUGCCCGAGGUUUGGAUAUUUCGAUCCAAAACAUGAUUGAUAUUUUUUCUGGCAUACUGUAUCUAAAGUUAUCAAUUUGUCAAAAAAAUGACGUAGAAAACUCACUUUUGUACAUUUUACUAAAAGCGCGAGCGACGUUGUCAGUAAAUCAGUAAAUUUAAAUCACUAUUGACGUCAAAAAGUUCCUUUAAAAAUCACGUUUUUAAGAUUAUUUAUUUUCAAUUUUAAUUUAAUAUCUUGCAUACUUAUAUCUUUGAUACUUCAUAAACCAUACAAUAAAAGAAAUAAGAAGAAGCCGUUGUUGCAUGUGACUCAUCUUAGAUGGGUGCGUAAGACCAGGUUUUUCCAGCACUGGUCACAUGACCGGAAACACAUGUCUGGUAUGCAAGAAAAUUGAUUGAUGACACUUUUUAAAAUAGUUAAAGUCUGUUGAAAAUGACGAGUUGCUUAAAUGCAUAUUGACAGUUUAGUGUGUGAAACAAUCACCAGACUUGCAAGGUGUUCAGAAAAAACAUUUCACACUUUUUUUAAACAGGGAAACCAUUAUGCGCUAUUUUUAAACGGCGAAACUCAGCUGAGAUAGUGACAUUAUUGUUGCGUUUAUUCUUUUAAUCAUGUAAAAUGGAAUAUUCUCUGCCUCAUACUAGCUCGCAUUGACAAUUUGAGGCUUGUUCGGGGAAAUACUGUAUUUUAGGACCAUCUGGUGUCUAGUCCCUUUAACAAUUGUGCAGAAGCUUUUAUUUAAAUAUAAAACACAGAGCAGAACAACAUGUAAAUUACACAUAUUAUAUGAAAUAUUAAUAAGUUUGUGUGUAGACUUUUAUCAUCAAUCAACAUAUUUUUCCAUGCUUUGACACUUUCUUAUUGCACAUCUUCAUUGUUGUCGAGCUUGAUCACAGUGAGCUAGUCUUAGGCGCCACAAUGGUGGUUUGGUGUAUGUGUGUAUGACCAUCAGUUUUUGCAUGUGUCUGUUGGGUUUUGGUUUGUAUAUUCUGUAAUUGCGGCCUUGCAUAGGGGAAUUUAAAAUGACUUGGUACAAGUGUUCACAAUGAUAAGACGUGAGUCAUGCACAAGACCCAUGUCUAUAGGUCAUAUAUCACAAUAGAAGGUCAUUUGUCAAAAUUCCUUGUAUUUCGGCAUGUCUGAGCAGUAACUUGGCCUUGUAUUUGGGAACUUUAA